AUGGCAGACCUCCGCGCGUCCAAUCACGAAACGGUGACGUGUGAGCGAGUCGUGCGGAUUGUGACUCAGGCGGAGAACGCGGCAGCAGCGGCGCAAGCGCCGCAUGUGACGCAGUGCAGCGCUCGAGCGGAAAACGCGCCGGUGUUCGAAUCGAGUCAGGCGACUCAGUUACCCUUCAGCCAGCGCUCUAGUCAGUCGGAGCGCUUUCAAUCGCUGAGGGUCAGUCUGACUGCGUCCGCGCACGUGGUUCCGCCAACCACUGCCUCUGCCUGCGUCCCUUCCGCCGCCCCCGCGCCUGCGGCCGCGGCGGUCACGGCCGCGCCUGCCAGUUUCCUCUGCUUGUUAGAAAAACGACAAAAAUGCCACAGCAAGCACUCGCCGUCUGUAGCGCCGCUACAGCCGCAGGCGGUACAGCCUGCCAGCCUGGUACAUGCGCCGGAUUGCGCGCUGGCGGAGGACGCAGGGGAGCACGCACACUCGGCGGAGGAGCUGGGGGAGCGCGCGCAACUGGCGGAGGGGCAGUUAGACCUGGCGGAAUUGCAGGCGCGGGUGGUGGGGUCGCAGCUGCAGCUGCUGCGCGGAAUGCUGGCGGAGCGGGAGGAGCAGGUCCGCGCGGUGAUGGCGGAGCUGGCGGGCAUGCGCGCGCGGGUGAUCCGCGCGCGGAACGUGGCGGAGCAAUCCCCGCGCGGGAUUAGCAGAAGCCGCAGCGCCGUGCAAGGCAGGUGCGCCGGCGGGGGCGCGGCGGACGCGGUAGAAACAGCCGGCGGGGGGGGAACGGGGGCCGGAGCUGGCGCAUCGAUCUGCGGGCGGAAAGGAGGAGCGUGUAACCGCUACACGGGUAGGGCAUCAUUCUCGGUUCCGGCGAGUAUGGUGAGUAGCAGACGGGCAAGCACCGACAGACGGCCAGCGGAGGCGAGUCAGGCAUUGGCGGAAAGUCAUGCCGCCGCGGCCACCGCCAGCGCCGCCGCUGCCGGUGCCACUGGUGCUGGUGGUGGCGGUGGUGAGACUUCUGCUUGCGCAUCCGAGUGUCUAGAGGCCGCGGCGGAGUUGCAGCAAGUGGAGAUGUCUGUAGCGAGUACGGAGGCGUGGCUGUGGGAGGUAGAAGCAGCGGCGGCCGAGGCGCGAGACGUGUUCCUGCAAGCAGAGGAAGAGGCGGCGGCGGCGGCGGCGGCGGUGGGGGCGGCGGGGGCGGCGGGGGGAGGAGAGGCAGCAGCAGGGGGGGAGCGCGGCGGCAGGGCAAUACACUCAGGCGGGUUCCGUCAUGAGCUCGCGCUUACAGAGAAGGCUUUUACCGAAGAGCUCUAUAGGCGGUUGGCCCAGCUGCAGGCGGAUUUGAUCGAGGCGGGAGAGGGAGAGCGAGUUCUGCAGGGGAUCUUACAGGGGCUGGAGGGGUCGAAGGGGACUGUAGGGAAGCUGCUCUUAACGGGGAUGGAUGGGUGCAGGGGAUGGGACGGAGAUGACGGAGGGGACGGAAGGAACGGAUGGGACGUACGCAAUGGUAAUGAUGGAAGGGAAAAUGGCAUUGAGUCGCAGCAGCAACUGUUGCUGCAGCAGAAGGAGCAGAAGGAGAAACAGGUUCAGCAGCAGCAGCAGCAGCAGCAGCAGCAGCAGCAGCAGCAGAAGCAGCAGAAGCAGAGGGCAACGAAUAAGGUGUGGGAUGCAGGGGUACAUGUGAACGGUGAGGAGGAUUAUGAGGAGGCGCUGAUUCUGCAGCAGGCACUGGAGUAUCUGAAGCAGCAGCAAGUGCCAGCUGUCAUCUGCUGA